AUGCACACAGCUCAUCAUAUGCUGCUGUAUGGGUGUUCUGAACCGGGCGCUGAUGAUUUAGUUUGGAGCUGCGGGGAAAUGCAGAACAAUGAUAUCGACUCCCGCUACAACACGGCCAGCCCUUGUCAGUCUGGUUCGCAGAUAGUAUACGCGUGGGCCCGCGAUGCUCCGAGUCUCAAACUGCCUGAGGACGUCGGUUUUCUAGUAGGAGAGAACUCGCCGAUCAAGUAUUUAGUGUUGCAAGUGCAUUAUAUGCAUAAAUUUCCAGAAGGGCAAACCGAUAAUUCAGGAGUGCUGUUACAAUAUACGACGGAAAGGAUGCCUCGUCAAGCGGGGGUUUUCUUGUUGGGUACUAGCGGCGUGAUCGCACCACACCGCGUCGAACAUAUGGAGACAGCUUGCACGCUUCAUGAGGACAAGGUCAUUCACCCCUUCGCUUUCAGACCUCACACUCAUAGUCUUGGUACUGAGGUUUCGGGGUACGUUGUUCGUCGUGCAUCGACUGGUGAUGAAUGGCGUCUGCUGGGUCGCCGCGACCCCCAGGAGCCGCAGAUGUUCUACCCCGUGGACGAUAUGGACCCCAUCAAGAAGAACGACGUACUAGCAGCGCGAUGCGUCAUGAAUAAUACACACGAAUACCCCGUUAAGAUUGGGGCUACCAACAAAGAUGAGAUGUGCAACUUCUAUCUGAUGUACUGGGUGCAGGACGACACACCCCUAUCACAGAAGUACUGCUUCUCAGCUGGUCCACCAUACUAUUACUGGAAUAGAGCCAUCGAAAACUUUGAUCGUAUACCAGAUAGAGACAUUAAUAUUAUCUAA